GGUGUCCCUUUUACAUUCAAGUUGAAGAGGAGAUUCCUGAUGGCGGCACCUAUGAAGCUAUGUGUGUUCCUUGUUCUGUUUUUGAUGGCAACAAACAUCAAAGGCCAAAAGAAAGGUUGUCCAAGCAUUUGUGUUUGCAAACGAGGAACAGUAUACUGUAACCACCGUAACCUGAAAGCUGUACCUGUAGAGAUACAGCCCUCCACAAAGAGCCUGUACCUUCAAGGAAACAAUUUCACCGUGAUUCGUUCAAACACAUUCGCCAACCUGACCAACCUAGUACGACUAUCGCUGGCUGUCAGUAACAUACAUGUUCUCGAGGAGGAUGCUUUUGUGGGGUUGAAAAAACUGAGGUACCUAAACCUUCCGGAUAACAACAUCAGUCAGAUUGCUAGUAAGCUCUUCCAAGGUUUCAGCGCGCUGCAACUUUUGGAUUUAGACGAUAACAAUAUUCAGACUCUUCCAAGUGGCCUGUUCAUUAGAAUGUUUAGUCUGAAGACAUUGCACCUGAAUAACAACAACAUAAGCAAUCUGGAAAAGUUUGCCUUUCGAGGACUGAAGAAUUUGCUUGACUUGCACCUUAAGGAAAACUCCAUUGCAAGUAUAUCAACUGAAGCAUUUGUUGGACUAGAGAACUUGCAACAUCUUUAUCUAAAUGAGAAUAAGUUGACCACAGUGCCAACUGCAUCCUUCGCAGAAACCAAAAACCUCUAUCUUCUUCAACUUGCCGACAACGAGAUAGAAGUUCUUGAGAACAAUGCCUUUGCCAUGCUGCAGCAACUUACCUACUUGUUCCUUGGAGGAAACAAACUGAAGGACUUACCAACAGAUCCAUUCAAUGCCCUCCCGAGUCUGAGAACUUUAAGCCUUCAUCGUAACCAGUUCACAGGACUCAAUACAACUGCCUUCAGGAAUUUGUAUUCACUCGAAGCCCUAGACUUGUCAAAUCAGACAAUGGAGUGGAUUGGGGCUGUGUCUUUUGUUGGUCUUGUAGCAUUGGAAUCCCUGUCCCUAUACAAUAACAGCCUAGAGACCUUGGACGAGGACGUGAUCCUGCCACUGCUACAGAUACGAAGCCUGAACCUCAACAGCAACCCCUGGCGAUGUGACUGUGAACUGCAGGGGCUGUGGGAGUGGCUGCAGGACACGACAGCCAGAACCCGUGUCACCUGUCAAUCACCCGAAUCACACAGGGGACGGGAGCUGCGCUUCCUCAAACAGUCUGCCUUGGUAUGCAGGACAUCCACCCUUGCUCCAAUAGGCACUGAACAUACUUCUACCACAACAACGCAGCCAACUAGCAUUGCCAGCACACCACGAGUGGAUACAACAGCAUCUGCUGCAGUCAUCCCAACUCAAAGGUUGUCAACAGCCACCAAAAGUGUCUACACCGGUGAUUACUACAUCAGCAAUCCCUGGGCGGAUGACCAGAAAACUGUCAAAGCCUAUGUCGAACCAGUGACAACAGACAGCAAGGUAAACCACACUGCUCAUGCAGACCUCUCCAAGGUGACCAAUCACGGUAAACAUGAGACAAGUCUGACCGCGACCCAGCUGACGUUCAUUGCGCUUGGUGUGGUUGUCGUUCUGAUCGCCGCAAUCGUGAUGGGUGUGGUGAUGUGCCUGGACAGGCAGCAAAGACAUAUAGAGCAGCAGCUCAUCGUCCCGGCCGAGAACGACCACCCCAAUCCCACCGUCAAAACCAACACAGAGAUCUGCGGGUACCCCAUCACCUGGAAGAACGGCACGGACCAGGUCGUGAACAACCCCACGUUCGGAGUCGACGUGUCGCCAGGACAGGCGCGGCGGAGCCUGAUCGCAGAGCUUACCAUGGAGUUUGACGAGGAGACGGAAGAUGUGGCGGACAUGCUGACCAAGACGCACGCGUACCACUCCCACAAGAACCACAAAAAGUGCAAGAAGUUCCGUCGAGCUGACAAUAAGGAGGACCAGUUUACUGAUGUUUUGUGACAGUGACUCAUGAAAUGUGCAAGACACAUGGGAGACAUGAAAUGUUGGUAAUCCACAUUUGUUUCAUCUCUUUUGAUCCAAAAGGACUAUAGUGAGGUUGACAGUGCCCUUGGCAAAUGUAAGUUAUUAUUGUCAUUCUUUUUCUAUUGUAUUGUAACUUUAACAACAGUUACUACUAUGUGUACAUGCAUUUACAUAUAUUGCUAAUUUAUGGAGUACUUCUUGCUACAUGUAUGCUUAUUUUUUGACUGACUUUUCCAAUGCAGAAAAGUAAACUAAGUA